UGUGCGGUCACGGUGAUGAUGGUGCUGCGUUGCUUCUCGCGGAAAGUUAAAAAGUGAUUCGUCUCUUGGUCGCGUUUCAAAAUUCUGAGUUUUUGCCGGACGAUUCCAGUUGAUUCUGGAGGAAAAGAUUACUUUUAAGCUGUCGGAAGCGAUCUUUAUCGGGUUGUCGCGAGCGCCACGUUUGUAAAAUUGUGUCGGGUUAAGGUUUAAAAGUUGGAAAAGGGCUUACGCGGCGAAUUUCGUUUCUAUAAGUUCAUUGAAGAAAAGGAAAAAAAUUAGCGGCUUAUUGCAGAUUGCAAGUGCAAAAAAUCGCGAAGUGGAAACCAGCACCAGUAAUUCGAGCGGCGGUGGAAGAAAAAGAAGAAACUCAAGAAUUGACCGAUUGUGUUCAGCGAUAAUCCUCUAAAAGAAUCCUCCGGUGCCAUGGAUUCCACACCGGCGACCGAAGAUCCGGUGAAAGAAGCGUCUCCCGAAGUGAAUCGACAGACGGGAAAAGAAGUUCCCGUUUUGGAAUCGAACGGAUCCGCUGGUGCGGAGGCCAAAUUCGGGGAAGCAAAUGCACCGGAAGAGUCGGUCAGUGAAACGACGGCGAUCGGCAAACCGGUUGCAACAUCAGGAGAUGAGGUCAAGCCGGUUGAGCCAGAAUCGGAACUGAUCGAGGAACCGUCCGAUGAUAAAUUUGAGGAUGCCGUGGAUUCCGAGGAACAUGUCAUCCAAGAUAAGGCUUCCAUUGAAGACGCCGAGAAGCAGCUUCCGACCACGGAAACGAAAGACGAUGCAGCAGAAUCCUUGAAAGCAGAUUCGGAAACGCCACUUUCUUCGCAACCCUCUAGCGCCGAUCUCCUCAAACCGUCCGCAUCCAGUGACGAUAUGCUGGAACUAAGGGUUUCGGAAUCGUUCGUUAUCGAAGACUCCUCGCCAGAAAAAUCUCCGGUUAAAAGGCCAACGGAAAUUGCUUCGUACAGACCCUCGGUAACUUCGACGACCGCUGCUAAGGCGGUCCAGGAAAUCGUCACGGUAGAUUUGGAUGACGACGACGAUGAUGACGAUGACGAUAUGGGUACUGCAGCCGCGGUUAAGGAUGAGUACGACGAUGAUGAGGAUGAAGUCGAGGAAGAGGAGGACGAAGAAGAUUACUACGAUGAUCCGGACAGUGAUGAUCAGGACGUCAGUCGGGUGAUGAAUGAAACAGUGGACGCAGAUUCGGGUGAAGAUAAGAUGGACGUUAGUUCGUACGAAGAGGGUUACAGUGAUGAUGAGGUAAAUGAAACGGAAGUGGUAGCUCCCAGGGAGGGUUUCGAAAAAGCCGGUCCAAGUGGAAAUAGUGGGGCCACUGCAAAGCGUCAACGUGACGACGAUUAUACGGAUGAUGAAGAAGAUCAUUACGCGGAAGAACAUUACGAGGAAGAUGAUUACGAUGAAGAGGAAGACGAUGACGAAGAAGAAGACGACGAUGUGGCUGAAGUUGUUGAUUUGGGGGGUAGAGAGUUUAAAAGGAAGCCUCAGGCUUCGGUUUCUAUGGGUCAGAUUAGUGUGGAAGACGAAAGUGACGAAGAUCGGGGGGUGAAAAACGACGGAUCUACUCGUUUUCCGCAGAAUAGGCAGAAAGUGUGGAGAGUUAAAUACAAAACCUACAAGUUACGUGUUCUGGCGAAAAUUCGGAAGCGAACGUACAAAAUAUUAAACAAACGUCGCAGUAUGCACGUUAUGGACGAGGGCAGUGAUGCGCUCGUGUGUUCGGAUGCCAAAAUAGUUAGCCUAAAAUCGGUACCCAGUAGCAGCAGCAACGGAAGCACAAUGACCGCGGCAAAACCUCACGUCGAAGAGCCAAUCGCCAGCAGCAAGGUGACCAGCGUGAAGAACGACAACAUAAAGUCCAAAGAACAGAGUCCGGUGCAACCCAGUGCAAGGGAAUCUAGCAAAGAUGAAGCAAUCACUGACAUCAGCGACAAAAAAGAUGACGAGAACAAGGAGAACAAAGCGAUCGUCGAAAAGAACGCACAGGACCUGUCCAAUAAAGUGGAAGACGAUGCAAUGAAAUCGAAUGAGCUUCAAGACAAAAAGGAUGGCGACGAGGCUGCGAUCAUCGAUCAAGUUAUGGGCGAUAUCGACGACGAUAUCGGUGGUGAAGAGACCGAACUCAAAGAAGACGAAUCCAAGGCAAAUCUGGACGACGAACUUACAUUCCAAAUGGAUGCCGAUGGAAGUCAACCCGAUGACGAUACCGAAGAAGACGAUGACGAUGAAGAUGACGACGAGGAAGACGACGAAGAUGCUGUAGACCUGUCGUCUUCAUACGAUGCCAACAAAAGUGACCGGGAGGAUAGCAUCCGUAACAGCCAGACUGAUGAAUCUGAUGCCGUUGAAAUGAUUGAAAGUUCGCCCGAAAAAAGUCGAAGCAUUCCUGAGAAGUUGAAAUCAACCAGCAAACCAGAAGCACCAAUCAUCGAUAGUGGUGACGAAAGUCACAAGAAAUCGAUCGAACCAACCGUUAGUAUAAAGCAAGAGGUGGAAGAUGAUGCUGAUAAACAGCCAGCAGCUCCAUCGAUUAAAUCUAGUCCUCCAAAAGAGAAGAAACUACCCGAAAAACCAACAGAUCCACCAACCGUUUCUCGAAAACGACGACGUUCAAUAGAUCCCGAUGAAAAUCAAGAAGACAACGAACCACUCGUUCCCUCUAAGAAACUAAAAAGGGAGCUAGAGUGCAAUUUCCAAAUGCAUGAUCUUCUUCUAAGAGAAUACAUUGAAACGACAGCCAACAACACAAUGGACGACGUCCAGAAACACACCGAAGAACUGUUGGUCGAUAUUCAGACCCUAAAUGAAAUGAUUCGUGCCAAAGAGGUUGAGUGGAACAACAUGAUCCACUUGAAGAAAGUAAAAGAAGAAAUCCUAACCCGACUGACGCGGAAGAAACACAUCAUGGGUAUUGUCGGAACCAAGCUUGGAGAAGAACAAGCCUACCUGCAACUCGAUUCUUCCAACAUUACAAAUGUACGAUCGGCCUCAGUUGGCCCGAGACCGCCUACGCCGCCUCCGGAAGUAGACAUCCGACCAGCUUCCGUCAAUCCAAUGCAAAGCAACAGCAAAUCACAUUCUGCCUCGGCCAGCAAUUCGAUCUCCACCCGAAGCAAAGAAAAUUCGCUGCUAGCCCAGUUCAACAGUUCUAUUACUAUGGUGCCAUUAUCGACCUCACCGUCGCUGAUUACCUCUGCCAACACGAUACUUGCAGCUCGUGCCAACAUGAAAUCGGCUGAGAUAGCCAAAGAGAAGCCGAACGCCGCCCAAAUUCAGCGACAAAUCUUGCCAAAGCCCGUUCUUUCCAACCACCAGCAGAUCAUGAACAACCUGGCCAUGUCGGCAGGACUUUCUGCGGCCUCAACAAGUGGCGGUGCCACCUCGAUCUCAAAUACCACGUCAACUGUAACGGCAGCAGCAGCAGCUCUGGCCGCCAACAACAUUCUAGCUGGCCUUUCGGGUCUCCUGAAUGGUCAUCACAACCCGGGCGGCUCCCAUGCAAACCAGUUACAGGUGGGUCGACAGGGUGUCAUUAAAGAUGUCAAGAGUAUUAUAGCCGAUUAUCGACAGAAACAUCCAGAACAAGUUCCGCGACGGGGGCGACGCCUGAAAAAUAUACCCAGCUUCGACGGGGUCUCCAUCAGCAACAAGGGGACGCUGGGAUACCUACUGGGUCAGGAGACUUCCCGUCCCUCAAGCAACGAUUCGUCUCAGAGCAAUUCUAACAAUAACACCACUCCCAACAAUUAUCCCGCACACGGCCUACCGACUUCUCCCGGGGGUCUCUCCUUCAAGGAUGUCCUGGUACAGUUUGCCAAAAUGAGUCAAUCCGAUCACAAUUUGCUAUCCAAUUUGACCAAUGCGGCCGCAUCAGCAGCAGCAGCCGUCGCCGCCGCCACCGCCGUUUCAUCGGCUCCUGUCGCCACCUCCUCGACUAGCACGGUCCUCUCAACAGCACCUCAUUCUUCUUCGUCUUCUUCCCAACAGCACCACCACCAGUCGAACAAUUCCACUGCCACUAAUCUCAGCAAAAGCGCAUACCCGGAAGUAACGCUGCAUCCGGUAAUGAACUCGACUCCCAUCGGAACUUCGACAAACGACCACCAGCUGAACCAUUCCGGCGGCAGCAACGCCAAUGCGACAAACCAAUCCCAGCAGAACAACAGUCAGUCCAGUUCGACCAAUUCCCUUCUGCACGGUAUUCUGACCAAAUCAACAUCCCGACCGAACUCGUCCGGGUUCACAUCGUUUUCGCCUACCCUGGCCCGGUUGCUCACGGCACCGGAACGGAUGAACUCCCAGGCGGCCACCGUGACCUCGGGAGCGUUGGCCAACCUGCAGGCUAGCACCGGUCUCAACCUGUCCAAAUCGAACAGCGAGAUCACGAUCACUCCGGUGGGAUCCAGCUUGCAGCAGACACUGCUGGCGGCCCACCAGCAGCAUCAGCUGCAGCGAUUGCGGGAGCAGCACUUCAUGAAUCUGGACGACGAAGCCGACGAUAGCGUGGAUCGGUUGGUCAUCGACGAAGGUGACGAUCAUCAUCACGGGGCCAAUGACCGACGCAAUGCAUCCGAUGGACAUCACCGGAUUGGUGGUGAUUCCGGUGUCGUCAUCACUGCCGGUGGUCGCGGCGGCAAUGGCCCAGAGUUCCAUGAUAACGACGUUCCUAGCUGCCAGGGAUGCAAGAAACGCGACGCCCAGUUCGUGUGUGCCGGCUGUGGCAACCAGUGGUACUGUAGCCGGGAAUGUCAGGUCAAUGCUUGGGACGAUCAUUCCGACGUUUGUUCCGGCUAGGUAAAUCCUGGACUGGACGGUCUGGUAGAAGUCAAUAGGCAGGUAUUAUUUAUCAAAAAAGUGGAACAACCAGUUAGCUCGUAAAAAAUCACAUUUUAACCAGUUCUUUACACAUACACUAUUCAACAGAUAAAAGAAAAAACAGCUAGCUUUUAAGUUAGGAAUACAAUCCAAUUUCUCCUAGGAGAUUCAAUUUGCCAAUUCCUUUUCUAUUAAAUACAGUUUAACAAAGAUACAAAGAAAAGAAAAGUGUAGCAAAACAAACCAAGACAGUGGAGCAUCAAAAUUAGUAUUAGAUACCUAUUUGGUUGCAUUUCUCAUCGAUGUUAGAUACAAAAGUAAGAGCGAAGAGUAUAAACAAAAAUCUUAAAAAAUUAACAACUCCCAACCUAACAUUAAAUCCAUUUGCCUGAAAGUUAUUCUUCGUUUACUACACCAAGCGUAGUUUUGCAGUAGGUAUGUUUAGUCCUUGGUUGAACAAGUGAAUCGAUUGCAUAUGUAUGUGUUAGGUUAGAUAAGAAGGAUCCCAUCAUUAGCACCUUUCUUAUGAAUCUAUUCACGCACUAUUCCUAUUGGCAAGAUAAAAUGAAUAAAAAAACGACGCACCUGUCGCUUAAUUUAAGCGACCCGCGGGGAAAAGGAUGUUCGCCGAUCAACGGUGCAUUCUACAUUUUCCUAUUUUAUAAAUUUUAUUACCAUUAAUUGUACACCGAUAAUCGUAUAUAUUUACCAUUAAAUGACUAGAACGCAUAUGAACAGAGUUUGGCAUAACCGCCUCUCACAAUUUGAAGCACGCAGACUUACCAGGUGAAAAGGCGCAGACAGUUAUUGAGAGACAGAAUGAGGAUAGACAGGAUUUCCUAUAUUGGAAAGCGCUAUGGGCGAAUGUUGAACUGCCCAGUUGCAAUGCAACACUAGCAGAGCAACUCGUUGUCGACAGCAGAGGGACAAAAUUCAAAGAAAGAAAGAACACUUAAACUGUUUCCUCGAACGGAAAAAUGGAAAACAAAAUAAAAUACCUAUUUAAAAUU